ACUGCGCAGAGACAAAAACACCCAUUGUUACUCACAGGCUGUAGAAACGUUAUCGAUCUGUAACACACACAGGUUAAAUUUAAACAAUGACCGAUGACCAAGAGGGAGAGCUGUUCACUGAGACUGUCAUUGAAGAGACUGAAAUGGAGACUGUAGUAGAGGAGGAGCAGGAAGCUGAACCAGAACCCGAACCUGAGCCCCCCAAGCCAGCACCCCCAAAAAAGGCUGCCCCGUCUCCUAAUACAGAACCACCAUCUAAAAUAGUAGUGGAGACCCAUGACAAGCCUAAGUCAAAGAUAUCAGCCUCUCGAAAGCUUUCUCUCAAGAUGCUAAUGCUGGGUAAAGCUAAAGAGGAGCUGGAAAAAGAGAAGGUAGACAGGGAUGAAGAGAAGGUCAAAUAUCUGGCUGAAAGAGUUCCUCCCCUGCAGCUUACAGGACUCACUCUGGAAGAUCUGCAGAAACUGUGCAGGCAGCUUCAUGAAAAGAUUGAUGUGGUGGAUGAGGAACGAUAUGACAUCGAGGCCAAAGUCAACAAGAACGCUCGAGAGAUUCAUGAUCUAAACCUGAAGAUCAUGGACCUGAGAGGAAAGUUCAAACGGCCUGCUUUGCGUAGAGUGCGUGUCUCUGCUGAUGCUAUAUUGCACUCUCUGCUGGGCUCCAAACAUAAAGCAUCCCUGGACUUGAGGGCCAACCUCAAGUCAGUGAAGAAGGAGGACACAGAGAAGGUACUUACCAGUGAGGUUGGAGACUGGCGUAAGAAUGUGGAGGCCAUGUCUGGAAUGGAAGGCAGGAAGAAGAUGUUUGAUGCUGCUGGUUCUGCCCAAUAAAUGUGACCUGCUUUGAAACCUGAUCUGCCACGUAGUCCUACACACUCCACAGCAAACCAGCAAUGUUGUAAUUAAGAGGCAAUAUUUCUUAAAUUGAAUAGUGAUUCUGUAAUUGGGUGUCUUUAGGAUAAAAACAAUUACUUCAAAGUCACUGAAGAAUCAUAACUUUGGAGUCAGCCUUGCUUGGUCUUCCCAGAAUGGAAGACUAAGAAACGUCCCCAUCCAAACACCUGAGAUUAACCAGAGUGUCAUAACUUUACUAAUUUAAUUUCUCUAUCUCUCCAUACAAUGGUGUUAAGCUUUUGUUUUAGUAGUAUAAGUGGACAAUGACCAUGAUUUUUGUAAUUAAUCAACAGGAAACUAACAUUUACCAAAUUCAUUGUACAUUUGGAACACAGAAAACAAUAUUAAUAUUAUUUGGUGCUGACAAACAUAAAUACAGAUUAUUAAAAUCUCUCCUUUGUAAAUGAGUGAAAGAAGUAUAGUAUGAAAAUGUUCAAUGUGUUGUUAAAUGUAGGUGUUUUCUGUUCAUUCUUGCAAUAUUUUAUAACUGCACCCUGAUUAAAUUCUUAUUAUGCAGUAGUUGUCUCUAGGCCACAAUAAUCUGCACAAUUUAUUAAUUUAGGUGUGAUAAACCAAGAAUUUCAUUCAAAAAUGUGUAGUAAAUCUGGUGGCAUAUUAUUUAAUUCUAUUUUAUUUAUAUAACGUCUUUAAAA